AUGGUUAUCGACAAUCCCAUCACUUCCAGCAUUGCCGACUUAAUUACAUCCGUGGGCUCUUCCGAGAAGGGGGAAAUGAACUUAUCAUACUGCCUGUCAAAUUUUGAUUUGAUUAAAUACAGAAACUCAUCCGUAACACAUGGUCGAAUUAUGGCAAGUAACGUUUCGGGUGAAAGGUCACCGUUCGAAGGCUCAUGCUGCGGUUCGGGUUAUCAAACGGUGGGAUCUACGCCCCUCGGAUCUCCUGAAGAAAUUGAAGUACCCAAGUACAGGGUCGUUAUGCUCGGCGACUCAGGAGUUGGCAAGACUGCUCUCGUCUCACAGUUUAUGACGUCAGAAUAUAUGAACACUUACGACGCCAGUUUAGAUGACGAAUUUGGGGAAAGAACUGUUUCUGUUCUUUUAGACGGAGAAGAAUCAGAAAUGAUAUUUAUUGAUCACCCUGCUUCAGAAAUGUCGGUUGAAAACGCUUUGAGUACCUACGAACCCCAUGCCUGUGUCUGUGUUUAUUCAGUCGACUCAAAGCCAAGCUUUCAACACGUAGAAGAAAUUCUAAAUUACCUCUGGCGGGAAGGCUUCACGCAAGAUAAAAGUGUGAUCGUCGUUGGGAACAAGUCAGAUUUAGCCAGGUCGAGGGUCAUUUCGCAAAACGAUGGUAAAGCGUUGGCCGUAUCGAGGGACUGCAAGUUCAUAGAAACGUCAAGUGGGAUUCAGCACAACGUGGACGAGCUCCUGGUAGGGAUCCUUAAACAAAUCAGACUGCGGGAAUCUAGGGACAAGAAACGAGGAACGUCUAAAAAUAAACUACACGGUUCGAAAACUAGUUUGAGCUUGAGCAUUGCCCGUGAGAUACUUCAAAAGAUUUGUAUGAAUGACAUAACCAAAUCUCGAUCUUGCGAAAAUCUGCAUGUACUCUAAGGAUUCGUGAAAGGUUUACGAUAAACAAAUUAAGGGAUGAAACUAUAAACAAGUAAUAAUAAGAUUAGGAUGAUUAAAUGGGGAAAAAGGGUAUUUUUCAGUCUAAAUUUUUUCUCAAAAUAAUGUUUGAAUCCUUGAA